CAUUAUCCCUUCCUCAGUUGGCUUCGACCCCAAACAACUCAAGACCCACUUUCUCUUUCUCCAUAAUAUACAUAUAGACGUAGUUUCUGACAACUCUACACUUUGUGCAGUUGCUGAAUGUACCUGCACGUGUAAGUUAGCCUCUAGAAUGACGAGGCCAGUUUCCAGAUGGGCGUGGCUGUGGUGCUUCUUGUCGUUGCUGUUGUUGGCCGCGGCAGACCCACAGAUCAACCUCCUGCAGAGGGGUUGCAGCCAGUACAACGCUUCCAACCUCCCGAACUUCUUCGCCAACCUUAACACCACUUUCUCGGCGCUGAGGCGGCAGCUGGUGACCGAGAACAAGCGGUUCGCGACGGCGGAGCAGUCACGAACAUCGGACCCCGUCUACGCCAUGGUUCAGUGCAGGGACUACCUCUCCUCAGGCGACUGCACCACCUGCUACGACGCCGCCGUGUCUCAAAUCCUCAACUGCUCCGGCGCCAACGGUGCUCGCGUCGUCUACGACGGCUGCUUCCUUAGGUAUGAAAGCAACAGCUUCUAUGACCAAACCACUCUCCCAGGCAAUGUAGGAAUCUGUAGCAACAAAACUGCAUCUCAGCCAACAGCCUUUGAGGCAGCUGCAAAGGGGCUGCUGGCAGAUCUUGAAGCUGCAACCCCAAGGAUUAAGGGUUACUUUGCUGCGGCAAAGAGGGAAGUGGUGGCUGGCGGUGACGGCCCGGCUGUGUAUGCGGUGGCGCAAUGUGCGGAGACUGUGAGUGAGAGUGGCUGCCAAGCCUGCUUGAAUGUGGCAUAUGACACCAACCUUCAGAAUUGUCCUCCUGAUGCAGAGGGCAGGGCUGUUGAUGCAGGCUGUUUUCUUAGAUACUCUGACACUGCCUUCUUUGCUGAUAACCAGACAACUGAUAUUAGUCCCUUUCUUGGAGGAGGAGGUUCAAGCAACAAGAGAGCCAUCAUCGGAGGAGUGGUUGGAGGCGGAGGAGGCCUGCUUUUGUUACUACUUGCAGUUACUAUAUGGUAUCGACAAUCCAGAAAAACAAAGGCAGCUCCAAGAGCUAAUAUAAUAGGGGGAAGUGAGCUGCAAGGGCCAGCGGAAUACAGUUACAAAGAUCUGAAAUCAGCAACCAGGAAUUUUAGUGAAGAAAAUAAACUAGGAGGAGGAGGUUUUGGUGAUGUCUACAAGGGAGUACUGAGAAAUGGAAAUGUAGUAGCAGUGAAGAAGUUAGUAAUAAGCUCCGCAAGAGCAAAGGCAGAUUUUGAAAGUGAAGUGAGGCUCAUUAGCAAUGUUCAUCACCGGAACCUCAUCCGACUUGUCGGUUGCUGCAACAAAGGGCCAGAACUCCUCCUUGUCUACGAUUACAUGGCAAAUGGAAGCCUUGACGAGUUCUUAUAUGGAGAAAAGCGCGGUGUCUUGACCUGGAAACAACGGUUUGGCAUAAUUUUUGGCAUGGCCAGGGGCCUCGCCUAUCUACACGAACAAUACCAUGUUUGUGUCAUUCAUCGGGACAUAAAGUCGAGCAACAUCCUACUAGAUGAUGACUUCCAGGCCAAAAUUGCUGAUUUCGGGUUGGCAAGGCUUCUACCCGAGGAUCAAACUCAUGUGAGCACAAGAUUUGCCGGCACCUUGGGUUACACAUCACCGGAAUACGCCAUCCAUGGACAGUUAUCUGAGAAGGUUGACACCUACAGCUUUGGUGUCGUCGUGCUGGAAAUAGUGAGUGGAAGGAGGUGUACUGAUGUACAGGAGGAGCCUCUCACCGAAUAUCUCCUUGAACAAGCUUGGAAGCUGUACGACAGUGACAUGCAUUUGAAACUGGUGGAUAGUACCUUGGACCCAAAUGAAUACAGAGAAGAAGAUGUGAAGAAAGUGAUAGAGAUUGCUCUGAUGUGCACUCAGUCGCCGGUUUCUUUGAGGCCAACAAUGUCUGAAGUUGUGUUGCUUCUAAGCGAGCGAUCAAUGGAGUUCAGGCGGCCGACAAAACCUACCUUCAUCGAUAACGAGAGGAGGAUUCGGGGGGAUGCAUCUACUUCUACUGCUUCGUCCACAUCCAAUGCUACUGCCUCUUUUACUGAGUUCACUGGUCGCUAGCUAGCUAGCGUUGCUCUAGUUGAUUUCUGGAACAUUGUGAAUACAGCUUUUUGAUCGAUCUUCAAAGCCAUUUUAGCACCAAAACCUUGUGUUGGUGAACUCCGAAGUUUAUAUAUGUGAUUCUUGUAAUAAUGUUUGCAGGACCCUUAGUAACUGCAAUGUGAAUUUGUUUGAAAAAUGAUGUUACUUUGCUAAAGUUGCUGCCUCUGUUUUAUUUCACUCAUUAAUAUGGAAUAACAUCAGCUUAAAGGGACAGAAAUUUCUGGGUUAA